CUUUGCUCAUAGUUUGUUGCACGUAAUCUUUAUUUACGAUUUCACAAAAACAUAUUUUAAUAAUUUAUGUUCGUACAUUUCUUUUAUUAUAUGAAUUAUGUAAACAUUUUAUGAAGAGUUGGGGACAGCGACCGGGUCGCUGUAGACGCAAGUUAUCAGUGAAAGUUUGUAAAAUGUCGCGGGGGUAAUUUGGGUAACCUGGGAAAAUAAUACCAAAACAAUGGUUCCUGCGCCGAGCUGUCCGUUUACGUGGGACUACUGGACGUCCUCGCCAUCGGACGUGGUAGAGCUCACGUGUUUAUUACCGAACUCUGUUUACAUUCCUCUGAGGAUAAGUUGGGAUGCCACUCUCCAGGAUGUCAAAGAGGAUAUAUGGGACAGGGCUGUCAACUUCCCUCUGUUUGGGAUGUUGCAUGAGAUGUCCAGCUAUGUCUUCCAGUUUGUCAACUCCCUCGCAGUACUUGAGGAGGUUGAUGAUGAGAAUAAGCGCAUCCGUGACAUAAAACCAGUAUGUGGUGUGCUUAUGAUAGUCAAGAAAUCUUAUGAAAGACCUGGAGAACAAUUGCUGAACACACAUAUUAGCCGUCUGAUUGGAAAAAGCCUCAACGAAUUCGACAAUAUUCGAAGUUCGGAGGUGAAUGACUUUCGAAUGAGGAUGCGUUACCUAGCCGAGGAAAGUCUAAUACGUCGGGCGCAAAGCACCAGGCUGGAGAGGCUCCGGUACCAGUGCCCACCAAGACUUGCAGACCAGCCCGGGACGCCGACCACGCUGCGGACAAUCCUGACACAACAUUGUUUCUUACUUGUCACUAAAUUCGCUAAUUUGGAGGUAUCAUUUUCAACAAGCGUACCAGAGACGAGAACACCGCAGCAGCACAUCGAGGUGAUCCUCCGUAGGUUGGCGAACUCCUUGAACAUGCGAGGAGAGGAUCCUCACAACUACGUGUUGAAGGUGUGUGGGCGCGAGGAGUACCUGUUCGGAGACUACCCGCUCAUCCAGUUCCUGUACAUCCAGGAGAUGCUGGCCACAGACGGAGUGCCGCAGGUCAUGACGGUCAGCAUGGACAAACUGCCGCUGACGCUAAGUCGAGACCUCCCCUACUACCCAUACUGCCUGCCCGAGCGUAGACGACUGACGUCAGAGCAUUCGAACACGAUGCGACGGAAGAAAAAUGAAUCUUCGUGGAAUAUUCAUAAAGAAUACUCUUGCGUGGUGCAGAGCGUUAGCAAACUUAACGUCGACCCUGGGAAUGGUGCAACUGUGAUAUGCCAAGCCGGUAUCUUUCACGGCGGCCGGCCUCUAUGUGAAACGCAAAAGACGAAGCCGGCAGUGAUGACAGACGGCACGGCGGUGUGGGACGAGGAACUGACGUUCCCCAUCAAAGUGUCCAACAUACCACGGAUGGCCAGGAUCUGCUUCGGCGUCUACGAGAUCUCUAAGACUAAGAGCAAGAAGAAGGGGAAGGAGGUAAUAAAUAGACUGACAUGGGCGAACACGAUGGUGUUCGACUACAAGGAACAACUCCGCACAGACGGUGUGACGCUGUCCAUGUGGACACACGUGGCGGAUGACACCCAGGGAGACGACCUCGUCCUACAUCCACUUGGGACAGUGGUCUCUAACCCUAUAUCUGGGUUCAGAGAGUCCUGUGCCGCUCUACAGGUCAAGUUUUCUAAUUACGACUGCCAAUACCCAGUGUUAUUUCCGAAAGAGGAGACGGUGCGGGAGUACUCGGAGAACAUCGAGACAGUGUCGCCCGAGGUCAUGGAGAGGCUCAGCAGGGAGUACGACAGACUACGGGCUACUGCCGAGAAAGACCCCAUGUAUGAAAUGCACGAGCAGGACAAGAAAGACAUCUGGGCUUCGAGGGAGCGGUUCCGGUCGGAGGCCCCGCAGCUGCUGCCGAAGCUGCUGUCGUGCGUGGAGUGGGGCGAGCGCGGCGAGGCGACGGCCGUGCGGCGCCUGCUGGCCGCCUGGCCGCUGCUGCAGGUCGAGGCCGCGCUCGAGCUGCUCGACUACGCAUACGCAGACUGCGCCGUGCGGAGCUUCGCCGUCAAGUGCCUCGGGAAGAUCAGUGACAACGACCUCCUCCUGUACCUGCUGCAGCUGGUCCAAGCACUGAAGCACGAGUCGUACCUCAUGUGUGACCUCUCCGUGUUCCUGCUCAAGAGGGCGUUCAAGAAUAUGACCAUCGGACACUACCUCUUUUGGCAUUUAAGGUCGGAGAUGCACGUGGCGUCAGUAUCAGUGCGGUUCGGUCUACUACUGGAGGCGUACUGCCGCGGGUGUCAGGACCAUAUCAACAGCCUGUCGCGGCAGAUCACGUGUCUAGACAAACUAAAAUGGGCGUCCCAGUGCGUUCGGAAGAAGAAGGAAAUAAAGCAAGCGCGGGCCGCCCUCAUCCACCACCUACAAGAGCAGCACUGCCUCGAAACUCUCUGUGAUUUUGUCUCGCCGCUUAACCCUAGUUUUGUUUGCAAGAGAAUCAAGCCUGAUGAAUGUCGCGUUAUGGACAGCAAAAUGAGGCCGUUGAAGCUUAAGUUCGAGAACGCAGACCCCACCGGCUCAGACAUUAGCAUUAUACUGAAGAUAGGAGACGAUCUAAGACAGGACAUGUUCACGCUGCAAAUGUUGAGGAUCAUGGACAGGCUGUGGAAGAAUCAUGGUUAUGAUUUUAGAAUGAUCCCCUACAACUGCAUCUCGAUGGAGUACGCGGUAGGAAUGAUCGAGGUGGUGGAGGACGCGGCCACUGUCGCCAAUAUACAGAAACAGAGCUCGCUCUUCAAUGCCGCAUCCACUAUUUAUAAGUCUACGUUAUUACAAUGGUUAAGACGAAACACGGAGAACAACGAGGUGGCGUUCAACAAGGCGGUGAAUGAGUUUACAAUGAGCUGCGCCGGAUACUGCGUGGCCACGUAUGUACUGGGCAUCGCCGAUAGACAUCCAGACAAUAUCAUGGUCAAAACCAAUGGCCAGCUAUUUCACAUAGACUUCGGUCAUUUCCUGGGUCACUUCAAACAAUGGUACGGGUUCAAGCGAGAGAGGGCGCCGUUCGUGCUCACCCACGACUUCAUACACGUCAUCAACAAGGGACAGAAGGGCUCCGGGGACAAACUGCCCAUCGACUUCAAGAUAUUUAGGGAACAUUGCGAAAAGGCGUUUACAAUACUCCGUAAGCACGGGCACCUGAUACUGUCACUGUUCUCAAUGAUGAUGUCCACCGGACUGCCCGAACUCAGCUCAGAAAAGGAUCUCCAAUAUUUACGUGAAACUUUAGUAAUGGAUCUAUCGGAAGAGAAAGCGAUGGAGCAUUUUAGGCAGAAGUUCAACGAAGCAAUGAAGAAUGGUUGGACGUCAUUCAACUGGGUGAUUCACAACAUCGACAAGAACAACUGACAGUGACCCAUACCCCGCCGGCUGACGAAGCAUCGACAAUCAAACUCUAUGCAGACAAUAUAAACGAUACAAGGAUGUAGGUAAACACGCAUUUAUACCUCUAAUUAUAAUCCCUGCCGUGAACAAUAGUCAGGUUUUGCCACUGUCGGAGGCAGAGUCGUAUUUUCCCUAAGGAAAACAAGGCCUAAGGCGCCAGUUUACAGGGGGGCAUCGUAAGAUGCGUGUACUCAAUUGCCUGUAGUGUGCAUGCCUAGGGCGCUUUCUAUGUUAAAUCCGUCUCUGGUCGGAGGUAGACACAGGUACAAAUCAAGCUAUGCAAAACCAGUAUAAAGUAAUUGAAUUUGCGGAAACAUUGUACAAAGGGAAAUCAUGAUAUACUGGAUUGUAUAGAGUGAUGUGUCCGUUACAAGUUCGCGUAUUAUGUAUUAUUUUAUUAUAUUGUUAUGCCAUUGUUUGGUUGGAAAAAGGUUAACGUAGGAAAAGUUAUUUGAUACUGAAGUUAAUAUGAAGAAUGAUGGGAAAAUACAUAAUGCACGAAUUUGCCUUCAACAACAAAAUCUGGCCAUCGUUCGUGCCAGGAAUUAUAAUAACUACUCGCCUAAUUUGUACAGUUUUAAGAGGUAAAAGUGCGUGCAAUCAACGGAACUUAGCUCACCAUGCAAAAUGUCAACACAAUCGCGUAAAAUCCAUAUUAUAAUGCAAAGCUUAUUGUUCUGCUUUCAUACUUGAUUUUAUCAUUAAAAUCAGUUGAUUUUUCAUUCGUAGAUAUACAUUUUUCGACGUUUUUAUCAAUGAACAGAUUGUGCUAUCAAACAAGUCAUUGUUUUCCAAAUUACUAAUGUAGUUAGCGGACGAAUGGCCGUUUACACGAAUCAAUCCUAAACUAUCUCUUAACUAAGAGUUACUUAGCGUGAGGGAGCGCCUAAACUAAGCCCUUACCUUUAGCUCCGACUUUACCGAAAUGCUGUUAAGUGUCACGUAUCGUAGCAUAGGGGAUUUUAUACAUUUUAUAAGGAGGUUCCUGAAAACGGGCAUUAGUCUUGUCUUAUCCAUUAGAUAUUUGAAAUGAUUGUAUAACUUUUACAUUGAGAAACAAUAGGUAAUUUUGCUAGCAAUUAGCUCAUGAAUAGCGGAAUAAUUUUGCAAUGCUGAGGCAUUUUAAUGUUGGUCAAUUAUUGCGAAUAAUAUCGUUGCAAUAAUACCAUCGUUCUUGUUCUUAUCUAAAUUAAUGGGCGGGUGAUAUCGUCAUUUAUUAAAAAGCCUAAACAAACAUAAUAUUCAGGUACUUGAUUGUUUAACAAAAUUUCUGGAACUACAGUAUUCGUAACAAUCGUCGAUCAAUAAAAUCGUCAGAUUCUUGCAUAAAGACAAUUUUAAUUGCUAUUUUUGGGUGAAUUACGUUACGUAUCUCGUGAAGUAUAGUAUUGACGGUUAUCCCCGCUCCAUAACAGUUUUCGUGAUCAAAUAAACUGAAAGAUCCCGUUCACUUAAUAAACGAACAGACUAAAAAAAUUGUUUAGAUUAGUACAUAAUGGUAGUAUUUUCAAUAUGCUAGACAGCUAGAUUUUAUAUAGUAUUGAAUUUAAUCUUCGUUAUGUGGUCCUAAAUGGGUUGUGGAGCAUAGGACUGAGGUCUUUUUCUUCUGCAAAAACUUCUGAAGUCUUACAAUACACAGUAAAAACCUGAUAAAAAUAUAUUAUGUAUGAAAAGAACGGGUGUCUAGACAAAUGUCUAGGUUUUGAUUUGAUUUAAACAAUGAUUCAUGGCGCAAUAUAAAAAUAUUGUUCUUGUCGAGUUCGUGUAUCUGUUCGCGGUGAAUUCAAAGAAUACUAAACAGAUGAUCAUGGGAUUUAUAUCAAUGGAUUCGUAAGUCGAAGGUUUUAAGUAUAAAUAUACUACGAAUAGUUUAGAAACUAAAUAGUUUAGCCAGCGAACUUGUAGGGGGAAGUUGAUUUGUAAAAUUCUUUUAAUUUAAUCGCUGUUUUUUGAUAUGAUUUUUUUUUGUAAGGCACUUGUCUAGACGUCCAUAAAAUACAUCUUCUAACAAACUUCUUCAACUUGUGAACGGGACGAGGUUGUUCUAAGACUGACAUUGAUUUGUGAAGAUUGCGGUGACGCAAGUUGUAAUAUUGGUCGUAAGUUUAUACUACGGUAUAAGGCUAUAAACAGUCCUAUAUGACUUAGAAACGGUUGCCAUGACAACCAGACAGCAACAAUAACAAUAUAUUGCUGACCAAACAGUCAACAAGUGUCCUAUAUUAAAACUAAAAAAUGUUUCGCCUCGCUAUGAAAUACUCGUAUUCCAAUUUUACGUGUGGCUUGUAACAAUAAAACUUUAAAAUGUAUCAUUACUUCGGCCGCGACCGGACAUUCCGAUGUCAUAUUUCGGAUUAUUAAAUAAUGUUAUUAUAAGAUAAUAUUUGGAGGUUUCCAAAAUGUCUGAGUCCCGGUAUUAUUGUGUCCAGUUUAGUACGGCGACAUUGUUGGGUCUUCGGACGGCAGGAAGGCGUGCGGCGGCGGAUUUGGCUGUGAUAUAACCGCGUAUAAUUGCGCGAAUAGAGAAGGACUUGCUUUUAAGAUGUUUAGUUCGGACUUGAGGUUAUAAGUCAAACUUAUCUGUCAAAAUAAAUAAAAAAGAUUAGAAUACAUAGUCAAUGUAACCUUUAAUAUGAGUAAUAAAACAAUUUUGAACAAUACUUCGUAUCCUGCCAUAUUUGGCGGUAAUUAUUGUAUUAUAAAUAAACAAAUCUCGGUUGGACUAGCCUAAAAUCUUGUCUCCUUCAAGGGAUAUAAAAAGACGGGUAACACCCAUCUAUCUAAAGUAUAGGAUGUUAAAAAUUGUAUGAAUUUGUAUUUAGUUUCGUUAGGUGUUAGAGUUUGGAUCAAAAUUUAAUUUUACUCUUUAGAUUAAGGCAUGCGUAUACUAGUUAAUCGUAAGGGUGACUGGAGAGGAGAAAGAGAUGAUAGGAAGGCCGCCGCACUCCCGAAACCGAACGAAACAACCGCACACUUUCUAAUGCACGGUACAACUCGUUAAAGGACAUGGGGAAUAAACCCAGCCUUUAACACCAUCAAUAUAAAGUCGUGAAUGGUCAUUAAAAUAUAUCCGUUUUAGGAAUAUAUCGUGCAUUUAAAAGUGUUAUAAUUACAUUAAUUAGGCGAAUUGCUCUCAUUAUAAGCGUAGGUGUAAUUAGUGAAAACAUUGUUUGCACAUUGAUUUCAUCUCGUUCGCGAUUUGUGUGACAAUAUUCUUUAAUCGAUUAUCGAUUCGAAUUUUCGAUUGGAUGUUGUUACUGGGUUUAUAAUUUAAAUCAUAGGCUUAGCAGUAUUAUAUUGUCAUAUGUUCGUAAUAAAGGUAAACUCGCUUUUAAGUUUUUUGUAUAACUUCUCGCUACCUCAUGCUGUCUUGUAUUGAAUGAUAAUGGUUUAUUUGCCCCUGAUUAUACAAACUUCGGAACAAAUUAUGGAUGUAACACUCGAGUUAUAGUAAAUUAGCGAUCGUAAGGAAUCCCUAUAAAGCACAGUAGCCUACAUUU